AUGUCCAAACAACGUUGGGUUGCAUGUCACCGACCAAUUGCAGACCAUCAUCUCUCAGCUCUGCCUGGGAAAUGGGAACUCGAUUGGCCCCCCAAGGAAUUAGCAGCCGGCCGAUCAACUGAACGAGAAGGUGCCAGCGAUGAUCGAAAUGAGCAGGCAGAGUCCCUAGCCAGGGGGAAAUAG